CGGGCGGGCGGUAAAGGCGGGGCCGGGGCCGUGACGGGACCGGCCGUGAGGUGCGGUACCGGGGCGCCGUCCUCUCGUCCCUCCCGUCCCGUUGUCAGCUCGUCUGCCCUGCCCAGCCAGCCCAGCUCCCGGCCUCAGGGAGCCGCCUGUUGAAGGGACGCCGCCGCGCUGCGAGCCGCGGGGUUGUGGCGAGGAUGGACAGGUGCCGCAUGCUUGAUCCUUUUGCCGCACACCAUGAAUACAUGCGGCAGAUGAUGAGAAGCUUUUCUGAUCCCUUUGGACGAGAUCCAUUUUUCAGUAUAACAGAUGGCGAGGAGAGAACAGUAGAUCGAAGAGUGCGCCAGGAUUCUCAGGUUGCUCUGAGAGGAAAUCGCAGAGCAACAAGCUACUCCCUCAUGCCCUUUGCAGGCUUUGGUAGCAUGCAUGAUGCAGAUUUUGGGGACCCUUUUUUUGCAAUGGACAGAAUGAUGUCAAAUAUGAGAAACAGCAUGCUGGAGAUGCAAAGAAAAUUUGAUGAGCUGUCUCUCCAUCCAGAUGCACACACCUUCAGCUCCUCCUCUGUGAUGACGUAUUCCAAAAUAGGGGAUGAACCACCAAAAAUUUUCCAAGCCUCAGCUCAGACGCGCACAGCUCCAGGAGGUGUUAAGGAGACGAGAAAAGCACUUAAGGAUUCCGAAAGUGGACUGGAAAAAAUGGCUAUUGGUCAUCACAUUCAUGAUCGUGCCCAUGUCAUAAAAAAAUCAAAGAACAGGAAGACUGGUGAUGAAGAAAUAAACCAAGAAUUCAUCAACUUGGAUGAAACUGAGGCCCAGACUUUUGAUGAGGAGUGGCAGAAAGAGAUAACCAAGUUCAAGCCAACUAGAACCAGAUACAAUUUAGAAGCUCCAAAAUACAGGAGUAUUCAGCACAUACCUAAGGAAGAUGGAUUAAAAAGGGAGAAACCACUUGCAUCUGUGGGUUCCAGGGGACCCAGAGUUUCUAUGGAGAACCUCAGUGUGAAAGGAACACAUGUCCCCAUCAAAAGCAGCAAAAAAUAAAAUGUUUCCAUUGUCCAUUUAGAUGGAGAUUCUUCAAAGAAGAUAAUGGUGCUGCACUGCUUAUGUUCAUAUAAGUAUACACAUGUAUGACCAAUCUGUCUUCUGUUUUAGUGUGUCUUGCUACUGUACUCUAUUGACUUUUGAAUGUCGUUUAAAACUUCAGAUCCUAGGUUGUCAUCUAGUGUCAGUAAAUAUGAAAAAGACACAAAACAAACCUUUCUACUUAAAAGCACUUUAAUAGUUUAUCAGUAAUUCUGUUUAAAAAUGAAUGCUUUGGUUAGCAGAGUCUUCUCCACUUACAACUGCACCAGUCUCAAACUUCUUAUUAAGCCUGAUAAUUUUGUCCCAUAUAGUGCAACUUGCACAGAAGGUAAAUUCCAUUCUUACUUUGUGUGGCCAAAAUAACUUGUUCUGGUGACACAGCAAUCAACAGCCAUUUCAGUACACUGUAGCCACUGUAUAUGUAGCUUUAAAUUCAUACUUUAAAUUGGUAUAGAAUCCCCAGAUUUAUCUUUUUUUUAAAUGAAGAAAAGUGAGAGGAGUACUAAAAUAGGAAAUUGUGUUUAUCAGGUUUAUCAGCAUUCUUUUGUUCAUAAGCUGCACUUACAUCUCUCAUCUCCAUCCCUAGCCUGUUAAUCUCAUAUUUCCUGAUCCUUUGUAUGUUUUCUUUGGAGGUAGCCCAUUAUUCUUCAGUCUUGAAGGUUCUCCAUAGAAGUUUUUCAGUACUCUAGAAUAAUAUCACUGUGUCCUAAGAAGCUCAGAUGUAACUAUCAACUCUUAAUUUGGAAAAACACAGGAGAAAUGAUUCAGUAAUGUGCAACCAUUCAUUAUCAUUUCUUGUCCUAAAAAACUAUCCCUACAUGCAGGAAACCAUUUCCCCCCCCAGCUGAGAUGAGAUCUUACUUCAUGCACUGAUUGAAUGGAUGUAAAAGGAUCCUGUAUCUAACACUUGAUCUCCCUUGACACUUUUUUCAUCAUCAUUUGGUGAAAGGGUCUGGUUCUAUAGGAAAGCAAACUGACUGAGAACAGGAAGUGUCUCUGUAUUAGAAAUGUUAAGUUUGUGUGCUGUCUUGUUACUCUGAAUUGAUCUCAUGUUGUAGAGUAAAUUUCUGUAGGUACAACAUUCUAGCAUUGGCACUAAAGCAUAUAUUUCAAGGCUAAAGCAUAGUGUAGCCUUCAAAAAAAGUCAGUGUAAAAAUUGUUUAAUAUUCAUAUGACUAAAAGAAAUGGUCUAGGUUGUAUCUUUCUGCAGAUUCCUCAGAUUAUUUAAUGUUGUGUAAAAAAGAAAAGUACUUUUAUUGAACUGACAAAGACAAUAGUUUCUCUGCUUGUUUAACAGUGGCCUUCUUUCUAUUAUUAGAGCAAAUACUAGUAGCAAUAAUUUUUUGCUGUUGCAGUGUUCCACCAGCAGUCAAGGUAAGAUGAUUUACUACAGUAGGCAGCGUGUGUUGUAGCUCAGACAUGCGCACAUCCCUUCUGCUGCCAAUGCUGUGGGAGCAGAAACCUCUGACAGGGAAAUGGGCAGAAAGCCAUGUGUAAUAUCACAGUAAUAAUACCUGAGGAGGAUGUCUGCCAGAACCCCUAAUCUAAGGACGCUUUUAUUCUCUUCAGAAUGUAAGAGUACAGCUUAGGGCCUGAUCCUUCAUUCACUGAAGACAACAUCAAUUUUGCAAUUAAUGUAAUUGAGAAUAUCAGGCCAUAGAGGCAUUUUUCAGGUGUGUCACUUAAAUUUCCUAGUGAUAAACAGCAUUAAACACAACUUCAAGAGAAAACAACUGAAUUUUGAGAGAUGUUGCUGUUUAACAGAAGACGAUUCAUCUGACUGCUUAUAUUUUUGCCUGUGCUUUGCUGGGAUGGAUGAACGUAUGCAAUUGAGAAAAUGAGAACAUCGUGGGUUAGAAAAAAAUCUUGGUAGAAAGGGGCUAAUAGUUGUCAUAGACUACUUUGUUAUGCAAAACAAUGUUAAUGUUAUGCAAGAGAAGUUGUUCUACAUAGGAACAUCUGAAACUAUAGUUCUUUAAUAAAGAGUUAUUUAUUACUUA